GAGUAAACGGUGAGAGUCGCACAAGAGAUGGCGAGGGAUGGAGAGGACGCCAAGGGUUGGUUGUGGAAGCUUCCGGUCCUCAAAACCCAGCAACUCGGCAAGUUGGGCCCCGCCUUUGGCUUCGGCGUUGGCUGUGGUGUCGGCUUCGGCAUCGGACUCCUCGGCGGCGUAGGAUUUGGUCCUGGGAUUCCUGGCAUGCAAGUUGCUUUUGGCGUUGGUGCUGGAUGUGGAGUUGGCUUAGGAUUCGGCUAUGGCGCUGGCAAGGGCGUCGCUCGUGAUGACAUACGAAAGUACUCCAAUGUUGGCAAUCUCUUUUAUGGUGAAAAUGCUGGCACUCGUUCUGGAAAUCUCACCUCUCAGGAUGACAUUGGCGCUCUUGUUGAUGAGCUUGUUGAUAAUACCAAGAAACUGGUCAGAGCUACUACAAAAGAGCUCAAUAAGUGGACAAAAUGAGCUGAGCAGCUUGUUUGCUGAGUUCUUUGGUACACUUUUGAAUGGAUUAUGACUUGAUAAGAUUAUUUAGGCAUUGGGGUUUAUGCGGACAUUAGGGAUAGAUAUUAGUUGUGUGCAUGGCCAAUGGCAUUGUCCAGGCAUACAAAUUGCUUAUGUUUGUUUAAAAUUCUGUUUUCAAGUU